AUAUACGCUUUGCCAGCCUUUCUUCCUCUUCAGUCAGUCACUUCUCUUGCACAGUUGCACUGCAUCUCCCUCUCCCUCCCUCUCUCUCUCUCUCUCUUUCUCUCUCUCUCUCUCUACAAUGAACCCAUCUGAAGAACUAAUGGAACAGGGAAUAUCUCCACGGAGGGUAUCCCGUACAACUGUGCUCACAUUGGCUUAUCAAAGUCUGGGAGUGGUGUAUGGUGACCUAAGUACAUCCCCUCUCUAUGUUUAUAAGACCACCUUCUCCGGAAAGUUGAGCCUUUAUGAGGAUGAUGAAGAGAUUUUUGGCGUCCUUUCGUUUAUUUUCUGGACGUUUACUCUAAUUGCGCUCUUCAAGUAUGUUUUCAUUGUGAUGUUGGCUGAUGACAAUGGUGAAGGCGGUACCUUUGCUUUGUACUCCCUCCUCUGUCGUCAUGCAAGAUUAAGCAUUCUGCCAAAUCAAGAAAUCACAGAUGAGAAGUUGUCUGAAUAUGUGACGGAAGGAACCGCAGAAACAUGGCAGAGUUCAGCUCUGAAAUCAUUCUUUGACAAGCAUCCAAGAUUUCGCAAAGGGCUGCUGGUUUUUGUUCUAUUUGGAACCUGUAUGGCAAUUGGUGAUGGUGUACUCACUCCUGCAAUAUCAGUUCUUUCAGCAGUCUCCGGGAUUAAGCUUAAAUUCACAGGACUCCAUGACAAUUAUGUUGUGAUAAUCUCAUGUGUCGUCUUAGUGGGGCUUUUCUCCCUUCAGCAUCACGGAACACACAGAGUUGCUUUCAUGUUUGCUCCGAUUGUUACAGCAUGGCUUCUGUGUAUUAGUGGCAUUGGAAUAUACAACAUAUUUCGGUGGAACAAAUGUAUAUUUCAUGCCCUUUCUCCAGUUUAUAUGUUAAAGUUCCUUCGAAGCACGGGCAUUGAAGGAUGGGUAUCCUUGGCGGGAGUUGUUCUUUCAAUAACAGGUGUAGAGGCGAUGUUUGCUAAUUUGGGCCAUUUCUCUCCGCUCUCAAUAAAGAUGGCCUUCACAUUACUCGUAUAUCCCUCUCUAGUUCUUUCGUACAUGGGUGAGGCUGCGUUUCUUUCUAAGCACCACAAAGACAUCCAAAGAAGUUUCUAUAAAGCCAUACCAGAAGCUGUGUUUUGGCCAGUGUUCAUAGUUGCCACUUUUGCAUCUGUUGUUGGAAGCCAGGCAGUAAUUUCAGCUACCUUCUCUGUUAUAAACCAGUGCUGUGCACUGAAAUGCUUUCCCCGCGUCAAGAUAGUUCAUACUUCGAGUAAAAUAUACGGCCAAAUAUACAUUCCAGAGGUCAACUGGAUGUUAAUGUGCCUUUGUUUAGGCGUGACAAUUGGAUUGAGGGACACAAACAUGAUGGGUCAUGCAUACGGUUUGGCAGUCACCGCUGUAAUGUUUGUGACAACUUGCUUGAUGGCUCUGGUGAUGAUAAUAGUCUGGAAGAAAAGUAUAAUAACUGCAUUAGCGUUUUUAAUGCUCUUUGGAUCAAUUGAGGUGGUUUACAUUUCAGCAUCCGUCAGCAAGAUCCCAGAAGGUGGAUGGAUCCCGGUUGUGCUCUCUAUGAUCUUUAUGGGUGUAAUGUACAUAUGGAACUACGGAACAAUGAUGAAACACCAAUUUGAUGUUGAAAACAAGGUCUCAAUCGACAGAAUAGUGUGCUUAGGUCCGAGCCUUGGCAUGGUUCGGGUCCCAGGAAUUGGACUCAUGUACACUAAUUUGGCGACUGGGGUACCAGCUGUUUUCGGACACUUUGUAACUAAUCUACCUGCAUUCCACAAGGUGCUGGUUUUUGUUUGCAUCAAAUCUGUUCAAGUUCCCCAUGUUAGUGGAAAUGAAAGAUUGCUUGUUAGUAGGGUGGGCCCAAAGGAGUAUGGACUGUUCCGGUGCAUUGUGAGGUACGGUUAUAAGGAUCUUCAACAGGAAACCUGUGAUUUUGAGAACAUAUUGGUGUCUAGUAUAGUGCACUUUGUAGAAACAGAGGAAGAAGGUCCUUUGAGACCGAUAACUGGGUGCUCUAGACAGUUUACUGAUGCAGAUUCCGAGCCCCUUUAUGCUCCAGAUCGCACUUUCAUGGACUUGACCAAAAAAGAAAACACAGUGCAGUUUUCAUGUGAUCUUCAAGUGAUAAAACCUGGUAUCAGGCAAGCGGAAAGUUCUAUUUGCAAAGACGAGUCCCUGCGAAUAUUAGAAGCCAAAGAAUCUGGUGUUACAUACAUUUUCGGGCAUUCGCAUGCAAAGGCAAAGAAGUCAUCUUCCUUUUUCAAGAAACUUGUUAUAGAUAUCGUCUAUGCUUUUCUGAGCAAGAACUGCAGAGAGCCGGAUGUUGUUCUGAAUGUGCCGCAUACUUCUUUGUUGGAAGUUGGUAUGAUUUACUACGUCUGACUUCUAGGAAGAAGGCGUACUAAACCCAUCGGAAGAUCCUGCGUGUGAUUUUGGGAUGUGUCGACGGAGGAAAUUCAUACUUUGUUCGAACUCGCAAUGGUUUUACUAAGCAGUGGGAAGUUUAGAGGGACUUGCAGAAACUGAUAGCUGUUACAGUUAGAUUUGAUUUUUCGGGUUUAUCUAUGUUAACUUUGUAUCAGAGAAAUGUAAAAAUUUAAAUUGCUGUAUCUUAGAACGAAUAAAUACCUUGAACUAACACCCUCA